UCGGUCCCAGACCAGAUGAGAGGACAGAAUCCUGCCUUCAUCCGGCGCUGUAAUAAGCUUCGAGAGAGCCUCACUGUGCACAAAGACAGUAACGGUUUACUCCUUGCUCCCUCCCUGUGCUCGGAGCACAGUGCCACACUCUCCAUCGCCUGCCCAACCAGAGGGACCCAUUUCAUUUUUGGACCGGCGGUUGCUGCUCUUCAACUUGCUCAGAUAGACACUCAAACACAGAUUGCUCUCCGGCAGAUUGCUGUACUAGCAUCCAUCAUUUUUGGCAAUCAGUGUGAUCUUGCAGCAGUAUUACCUCGUCUGCUUGCCCUGCUGAGUCUUUUGACUCGACAGCAGGUGUCGACGUUUGGGCUAGAAGUCACCACAAACAGACAGAUUUCUGCUAUCACACAGCCAAGUCAGUCUACUGCAAUGUAUCACCAGCAACCUCAGCAUCAGGGCUCUCAGCCUUUUCCAAAUGCACCUAGGGCUCCUCAUCAUCAGCCAAAUGCAAGUCAUCAUUCAAAUCACCCUAACAUGCAAGCAAUGGGGUUCCAGUUUCCUCGUCCCAACCAACUCCCUGAUGAACUAGAGUCAGCCCUGGCUAUCAGGGGCAGCAGGGAUAUGGAUCACCGGCAGAUUGAUCACAUGAAUCAGUCAAACCAAGGUUCUGGUACAGGGAUUGGUCAACAUGGAGGCUAUGGUUCCAACCCAUUAUUGCUUCCAGCUGAUAUUCAGCCUGGGCACCAGCAAGGAGUCGACUGGUCAGGCUACCAACCUCCAGCCAAACUCUUUGCACCAACACAACAGCAGCCUCAGAGCAGCCAAGAGGGAGGCAGAAUACCAAGCUGGAAUCCUCCCAUAAGUGACUCACCAUCUCUUCAAACUCAAUCGCAUGGUGAUGGAGGUAGGGUGGAAGGUCAGGGCUUGUACACACCAGAGAGUGCGGGAAGCAUCUUGGCUAGCUUUGGACUUUCAAAUGACGACUUGGAGGUGUUGAGUCAUUACCCUGAUGAUCAGUUAACCCCAGAUACUUUACCAUUCAUACUCCGUGACAUCCAACUCAACAAAUCAGGCAAGCAGACAGCUGUGACUUCUGCUUCCUCUUCUUCAUAUUCUCACAGUGUACCUCCUUCUCAUUCUUCAAACUCACCGGAAGUACCCAGUCUUCUUACUGUUACACAGACAGUUGGGAAAGUCAUUGACUAUGGACAUGCUAGUCGUGGAACCGAAGAGAGUGGUACCAGAGAGACAUUUAAAAGGGAGUUGCUUUCUAGUGAAAGGACUGUUAAAAUGUUCCCAACUGCGACAUCCUUGUCAGUAUCAAAGGUGGAUAAAACUGAAAGACGUCAAGUUCGUGUAGAGCACAAGGAGCCAAGCAAACAUGGAGACAGGGACUAUCGCAACAAAAGCUGCGAAAAACGCAAGAAUAGCCAAUCACCAGCGAGAGAAUUUGCACCAUUGCCUAAAUCUCGUAAUUUAGACAAAGACUAUCGGCAAGUGGAAUCUAAACCAAGGACGCCAUCUGAAACCAGGAAUGAGCCUUCCUCAAGACGAUCUCUCUCUUCUUCAUCUGCUUCAAGACAACCUGGCAGUAGCAAGAAGUUACCUACCCCUACCAUGAUAAGCGAUUUCGCAGCGGUGCUCCCAAAGGUGUAUCCCCAUACCUGCUCCCUGUGUCACAUUCAAUGUGACCAGGAAAAGGACUGGGUUGGCCAUAUUAACACUGUUGAUCACACAGCCGCCUGCAGAGACCUGCGCAACAAGUACCCUGACUGGAACCCAAAUCUACCAAGUCGGAGUGGGCGAUACAGCACCCGUGCUCUGUGGGAUCCUAAAGACGGCAAUCCAUUUGAUUCCUCAUCUCGAUCCCUGUCUCGCUCUCCAAGUUCUCCUCAAGGCAAAUACCGGAGAGAGGCCUACGUCCACCGGCCACAUGGGAGGACUUAUUCUUCUCACCAGCCCUCACAGCUCCACUACCACACAGAACAUGGUCGGUUUGAACACCACCACCACUCUGGUUCAAACACCCCUCCUUACUCCCACCGGACAAUGCCACCUUCCAGAGAAUCUUGGCCUGACAAGAGAAACAGGGAAUCAUCAGGAGGUUACUCUCACCGCGGUGUUAAGCGUCCUCAUGAUGCUUUAACCAAAGGCUCUGCUGACACCACCCAACAUCCUUCCUCCCCUGCAAUGGGACAUGGAUCCAAACGUGGGCCCCCAAAGGCCUCUGUUAAAAGCACCAAGGCUGCACCAAAACCUGCAGUUAAAACAACCAAGAUGGCUGUUAAAAGUCUACCAGUCAAGAAGAGGAAAAAGGUGCUGGCUCCAUCCUCUCAGAGCACGUCUUUUGCAGAUCGCCUGGUUUAUCUGACAGGCAUUCCAGUUGAUGCAACAGAGCAGGAAGUGACUGACUUAGUUAGUUCUUUUGGAAAGAUCAAUAAUGUAAUUCUCCUGCCGUGCGCCGAGGAAGAGAGUGAGAAGGGCCAAGGACAAAAGGCGUCUGUGUGUAUGAUGAAGGCAGAGGAUGCUCGGGCUCUGUCUUCUGCUUCAAAGCUCGGCAUCAGAGACCAUGCCGUUGCUGCCUCAGCCGCCAAGAAACCUGAGGAUGGAUUGAUUUCUGAUGCUAACAGUAAGCCCGAUACAGAAAAGGACAAAGAGGCAGCAGAGGACAACUCAGGAGGUGAAACUGACCUGAAGAUUUUGGAUCAGAAGUGGAAGGUGUUGAUCACCGGACUUCCUGACAGUGGCUGGUCUGAGUGUGACAUCAUUCACCUUGUACAGUCCUUUGGGACACCCUCUGACAUCAUCCUGGCAAUUCACAUGGGAAAGGCUCUUGUGUCGUUUCCUGACCUGGAACUUGCAGAGGAGAUCGUGAAGGUCCACAGCUUUAAGCCGGCCAUGUUUAAGAACAUCGAGGUGAAAAUGAGCCUGGUCAAACAGCAGAUCGGACUCAACACUCCGGUGGCUCUUUAUAAUCUCUUUAUGGGAUCACUGGAUCCAUUGGAGAGUCCAGCUCUAGUCGGGUGGAGCAGUUUGGUUGUGAUCAGAAAUGUUCCAGACACACCUGCUGACUCCACCGAGGUCCUGAAACUGAUGCGUCGCUUUGGGACAGUCAUCAAGUCUCUUGUGGUCAACAACAUGAUCAUUUGUGAGAUGGCCACCACAGCCAUGGCCUUGUCUGUAUACAAACGCUUCCUGAUGUUCCCGUGCAUCAUCCAAAACAAUCCCCUGCUCUUCUACCGCAAAGCCGACCCCAAAGCUCACACACAGACCAAAGUCAUUCCUGCAUACUGUGAUUCAUCUGAGAAUAAACCUGCAGAUAACAGCUGUGCAGCUGCAAAACAUUUAAAACAAGAUGGGGUAUCACAUCAAGAUUAUCGUGAAGAGAAACAUUCUGAUGAAAAGACAGAAACUGUAAAGAAAACAGAGGCAGAAAAUCUGACGGAGAAGGAGAGUAAAAACGACCGUGUGAAGGAGGAGGAGCUCUGUGUCUCUGUGUCUUCACCGGCACCAGAUUAUAAACCAGACAAAGAUGAUGCUGAAAUUGCAGAAGUAAACAAAGAUGUCAGUGCGUCGGAAUUAGGAAAUGUUGUGGAGACCAAAACCCCCGGCCCCAAUGCAGAGACGGCUAUGCCAGAGCUUCCCAAGAUGACUCAAGCUAUGGUUAACGCUCUGCUGGUCGAGUGUAGAACAAGAACUGCUAAUAGUCUCAACAGGACAGCAGCGCCCCCCAGUGGCGACCAGGGUCAAGCAAAACAGGAGAAGGAAGAUCAGGAAAAAACAGCAGACAGUACAAAAGACUUGGCUAAGAACACCACGGAAGAAAAAGACGAGGAGGCAAAAAAACAGGACAAAGAGAGAAAAGAAAGGGAGGCAAAGAAAGAGGAGAGGAGAGAGAGGGAGAGGAGAGAGAGGGAGAGGAGGGAGAGGGAGAGGAGGGAGAGGGAUGAGAAAGCCAGGAAAGAUAUUGAGAGGAGGGAGUGGGAGAGGAGAGAGAGGAGGAGAGGUUACGAUGAGAGGUCAACUGGGUCAAGAUCGUCCUACAGGCAAGAAGGACACAGGCCGAGCUGGAGGGAUGACCGCUACAGAGGAGCAUCUGUAAGAAGAAAGGAUCAGCUGGAGGAGGACCACUCUGAUGAGUUCCCUUUCAACAUGAGUGACUUUGUCACAGUUGAUGAACUAGGAGAUGUGACUGACCUUCCUGAUCUUGCUGUUCCCAUGGAAACCUCAGAUAAAAGGGAUGCAGCUCCCCAGACUGAACAACAGGAGGUCUACAAGGACACAUCUGGGGAGAGCACAGUGACUCAGGAGGCAGAAUCUGACGAGAAAGUCCCAGAAUCCAAACAUGGGAGCAGUCAAACACCUCAGACUUUAAACAGCUUGGAGUCUGGUCAGGACCUAAAUGCUGCAGAACCCCCUACAGCAGCUUCACACAUUCACAUGGCUCCGAGUGAAACAGAGGGCCAACCACAACCAGAGGCAUCCAAGGAUAACAUAAACGCUGAGCCAGACAUCCUGCUGGCUUCAAACCCAGAUGCUGAGCCCAUUUCCAGCUCUCCUCCUGCAGUUCCAGCUCAGUCCACCUCAAAUAGCCCAGCUGGUGCAGCGACUGCAGAGAGUGAUGAGAGGAAGAGCAGGGCUGUUGACCACAGGGAGGCUCAGAAUGAGGGGCUGAUGAAGGCGUCAAACAAACAGGUGGAGCAGCCCAUGCAGGAUGAAGAGAAGACAGAUCAAGCUCUAGAACCAGAGACUUCACCUGUGCACAGUGGAGCAGUGGGGGGGCUGCCAGUUGUCCUGCAGACAGAAAAAAGUUCUGAAGACAACACCGACAACACAGGGGAGAAUGUGAAGAAGCUCCUGCCUCCUUAUGACCCGAGUAAAGCUGUUGGUAUGGAGUACUUGUUCCCAAAGACUGGCUUCUUCUGUAAGGUGUGCAGUCGAUUCUUCACUGGAGCCAAGGUUGCGGAGAUCUGCCACUGCAAAACUCUGAAACACUAUGAGAACCUGCAGAAAUUCCUGCAGAAUCCAGAAUCCUCGAGCAUGGCUGUGAAAACGGACUCCAGCUGAACAUGGUUCUGAAAAUCUGUAGUUUCAUUUAGUUUGUCUCCUUGUGUGGUUUCAUUUUAUGCUUAGGGUCCAGAUUUACAUUUUGUCAUGGAGUAGUUCCAUGUUAUUUCUUAAUUGAAAUGUGUUAACUUUACUUUUAUGUAACACGAAGAAAGGAAAAUGUGCAGAUUGUGUUAUUGCUUCCAGCAGGAACUGUGCACAAAUAAUAAAUAGUUUUUUUUUACCAAA